UCAGUGCGAAGAAGAAGAAGAUUUCGGAAGGUACGCGGACGCCAAGUGUUGGCUGGUCUGGUGAAUAUUUUGCGGAAAAACAGUUGGAAGUCGUGUGCCAGCCGCAUUGCAAUCAACACAGAGUACGUCCAGGAGAAGUGUGGUAUCACCAGAGUGAUCAAAGUGAGAAAUAGAAAAGUGGUGAAACGAUAAGACUUUGGGUGCGGUUCUGGGUAACAAUUUUUCGGCAACUCCUCUCAUUUCAAUUAUACGCUCGCCAGUGUCUGUGGUCGUGCUUGUAAAUCCGUGUGUGCGCAAAAAUGCUGAAGUUUAUACGUGGGAAGGGCCAACAGGUCUCGGUGGAGCGGCAAAAGCUGCAGAAGGAGCUAUUUGCAUACAGGAAAACCGUCCAGCAUGGCUUCCCACACAAACCCUCCGCCCUGGCCUUCGAUGACACGAACAAACUCAUGGCCAUUGGCACUCAUUCCGGUUCCAUCAAAGUCUUCGGGCGACCAGGAGUGGAGUUCUAUGGGCAACAUACUGCUGCAUCAUCACCAGGCAGUUCGGGAAGUGCUGGUGGGCAGGAAUGUGCUGUGCAGUUGCUUGAAUGGGUACCUGGCACAGGGAGACUUCUGUCUCUGACCACAGCCAACCAGUUGGUAUUUUGGGAACCAGCUGGAGCAAUUUUGGUGCCCCUGAAGACUUUCUCUCUCGAUGGGAAACUCAAGAAAGUCUCCUCACUGUGUUGUUCCCUGCAAAAGGAUGUUGUGUGGAUUGGAACUGAGGGAGGUAAUGUCUAUCAGUUUGAUUUGCAAUCCUUCAGCAUCCGCGAGCCCAUCAUCUACCACGAUGUCGUGCUUGAGCAAGUGCCUUCGACAUAUAAACUCAAUCCGGGAGCCAUUGAGUGCCUCAGACAGCUGCCCAGUGAUCCGUCAAAACUCCUAAUCACCUACAAUCGUGGCCUGUGUGUCCUGUGGGAUCUCGAAAGUACCACAGUGGUGCGGUCUUUUGUGGCUCCCGGACAUGGGCAGAGUGUUGGGAUUUAUGUGUGUCAGCAGGGUGAAUAUUUCACCUGGUACCAUGCUGAUGGCUCAUAUGCCAAGUGGAAUAUUUCCGAUACCAGUGUCCCCAGCAACGAAAACUAUGUGCCUUAUGGACCAGAUCCCUGCAAAUCAAUCAAUCGUUUAAUUUCCGGAAAGCGUUCCGGACACGACAUUGUCAUCUUUUCCGGGGGCAUGCCCCGAUCAGCUUAUGGGGAUCAUCAGUGUGUCUCUGUGCACUGCACAGAUGGCUCAAAAAUUGCCCUGGAUUUCACUUCCAAGGUCGUGGACUUCUUCGUGACGUUCGGCGAGAAGGAAGAGGCUCAGGUGCUAAUUGUACUGCUGGAAGAGGAAUUAGCCGCAUACGAUUUGACGGACCCCAAAGUACCCGUCAUCAAGACACCUUAUCUGCAUUCCAUUCAUGCCUCAGCCAUCACAUGCAAUCACCUCGUUUCUCAGGUAACUGCAGAGGUUUAUGAAAAGAUCAUAAUUGCUGGUCAACAGCAACAACAAGCAAACAGUUUGAUUGAUUGGCCAGUGAAUGGUGGACGUCUUCCAGAGAAAUUCAAGGAGUCCGGUGAAGUGACAGAGUACGAUAUCUUACUGACAGGGCAUGAGGAUGGUUCUGUGAAAUUCUGGAAUUGCAGCGAUGUCAUCCUCACGCCUAUUCUCAAUUUCAAAACAGCCCCAUUGUUUGGGAAUAGUGAUCCCGAGGUGGAUCAUCAGCAUGAGAAUUCAGAGCCGCUGGACGAUUCUGAGCCACCAUUCCGGAAAGCGGGUAACUUUGAUCCCUAUUCUGACGAUCCGCGUCUGGCGGUUAAGAAAGUUGCUCUGUGUCCCAAGACUGGGACACUUGUGGUGGCUGGAACAGCUGGACAAGUUGUCGUGUCCAGCUUUGAUAUCCUGCACGCAGAAGUGCCUCUGAAGGUGACUACGAUGAAUUUGGUGAGCGAUCGAGAUGGCUUUGUGUGGAAGGGACAUGAUCCGUUGACCGUGAGAAAUCAACUUCUGGAUGAUACGUACACCACAGAUGAGGGUAUUCAGGUUGUGAGUGUGCUGCAGGUACUUCCGCCAGCUGGAAUUACGGCUAUUGCUCUGGAAUCAGCGUGGAAUCUCGUGGCAGUGGGAACAGGACAUGGUCUGGUUCUCUUUGACUACUUCAAUCAGCAUCCGGUGCUGCACAAAUGCACCCUCAAUCCCAACGAUUUGAGCGGGGCAGGGGAAACUCUGUCGCGCAAGAAGUCCUUCAAGAAAACCCUCAGGGAAUCCUUCAGGCGACUCCGCCGUGGACGUUCCACCAGAAAUAAUCCCUCAGCCGCCGCUGGACAAACCACCACGAGUCCCAUCCUCGAGACACGUCCCAUUGAGCGUCAGGUGGAAGCCAGACCAGUGGACGAUGGGAUGGGUUCAAUGGUGCGAUGCCUUGCCUUUGCCCAGACCUACAUCACAAAUAUGCACUCAACAGUGCCCACACUCUGGUCAGCCACCAAUUCCAGCUGCGUGUCUGUCUUUGUGCUUCACUUGCCGCCCAAGUCGGACGAAGAACUGCCACCGGAGCAACGGAAGAUGGUCACAGCGCAGCUGGCCAAGGAGAUUCAGCUGAAACAUCGAGCACCUGUGGUGGGAAUUGCCGUGGUGGAUCACAAUGGGGUGCCACUUGAUUUCCCAGGAGCUGGCAUGGCUCCGCAUCGAGUGCUCAUUGCGUCAGAGGAGCAGUUCAAGGUGUUCUCCCUGCCGCAGUUGAAGCCAGUGACAAAGUACAAGUUGACGGCGCACGAGGGUGCUCGUGUCAGGAGGAUGUCCUUCGCAUUGUUCUCAUGCCCUGCUCCAGCUGAGGGACAUGGCAGCCCGGCCAGAGGGGCAGCUCGUUCCCAAACAGAGGACCAAACUGAUGAGCAGAAAAAGAGAUACACGGAAGUUGGACUCCUGUGCCUGACAAACUUGGGCGAUUGCCUGGUGCUGUCGGUGCCUGAGCUGAAGAGGCAACUCAAUGCGGCUGCUGUACGUCGUGAGGACAUCAAUGGCAUCUCCUCGCUGUGCUUCACCAAUCAUGGGGAGGCUCUCUACAUGAUGUCAUCGUCGGAGAUUCAGCGUGUGACACUGUCAACAUCCAAGAUGAUCUGUCCCGAAGGCACCAUCGAUCUCGAACCGUACGUUGGGAGUGAGGAGCUGAACACGACGCCAGUUGCCGUGGAGGAGGAAGAAGUGAAGAGUGACUUGAAUGCAAGUUUGGGAACUAGCAGUGACAAUGCUAUCCAUCAAAAUGCUGCAGAGGGAUUGACCAAUGGGUCCCUGGAGGGGAAUAAUCGAGCCAAUGAGACCAUCAGCAGUUCCAUGGGAGACAUCACAGUGGAUUCGGUUAGGGAUCAUCUCAAUACGACCACAACGACGCUUUGUUCGCAGACAACGGAAGAGAUUGUGGGACGAGUGAGUGUCCUGACCACACACACCAGUGACAAAGUCACUUCGGCCACAAUCAGGGAUUUGGACAAUCUCAAUUCCCUCAAUCUCAAGGAUCUCUCGCCCAUUGGAGACACCACAGAAUCUAAUACGACGUCCGUUGUGGUGAAAUCUGUCAUCACAUCGAUAGCCCAUGGAGGGACAAAUGGUGAACCGGAAACAACCACCACUACAACUUCCAGCACAACCAGGAAGGAGAGCCAGUUUUAGAAGGGAAUAGAUGGCAGAUAAUAAGUGCAAAUGACUUCCUCAGUAUUAGGAGAUGGAGAUGAUGAAGAAGAGAGAAUCACUAGAUGAAACUUAAAUGGUCUCCUAUUCUGGCAGUUUAAUCCCCAAUUAAAUGUGUCGUAUUUUUUCACAUUUUAAAUAACACAACUUAAAAUUAAUAUUGUAUUACGUCUAGAGACAAAUUAAAUGUUUCAAAAAAAAAAAAAAGAAUUGAAAUAUCAGAUUUGAAAAAAAAACAAACAUUGCCUUAAUAAUUCUUAUCUCUAAUUGCCUAUAGACAAGAGAAAAUGAUGAAAAUAUCACUAAGGAUUCUUUUUUUACAAAAUAUAUCCCCCUAUGCUUAAGAUGUUUCAGAUGGACCUAAAUGUAGUUUUUGAAGAAUUUAUCAAUGAAAUUUUUGGAAAUAAAAAUUUUUAUGUAAUGUUAGAUGUACUGCGAGGUAAGAUUCCAUCUAUUGUAUUUGCAUUUUUUUCGUUUUUAAAAAUAUAUUUUCUUGAAAUAUUGACUGUAAAA